AUGGGGGAAGCGCCGAGCGUGCAGAAGGAACACAUUCUGUGUAUCCUGCCAUUUCCUGAGCCGACAGAAAUCCUUCGUAAUAUUCAAAAGAAGCACCCCCAGGUUGAAUUCACCUAUAUCUUGCAGCCAAUUACGGCGAGCAGGGCUUGGAACACGGAUGCGAAGGAUAUCCCCGACGAGACCUUCAAGAAAGCGACCAUUCUCUGUACUCUAGCUUCGCUGCCUUCCGAUCCAAAACUGGUCCCGAAUCUGAAGUUCAUCCAUUUCUUCAGCGCUGGCAUAGAUCACGUCCGCAGCACUCCCAUAUACAAAGACACCGUGAUCCCAUUGACGACGUCCUCUGGAAUCCACGGCCCUCAGAUAUCAGAAUGGGUCAUCAUGCAGAUGCUCAGCUUUGCGCAUAAAGAGAAGCUGCUCCUACAGCUCCAGAAAGAGCAUAAGUGGGGGAAGCACUCCGAGUUUGGACAGCUUAAAGAUUAUGUUGGUCAGCGCCUUGGUGUUUUAGGAUACGGGAGUAUUGGCCGGCAGACUGCAAAUGUCUGCAAAGCCUUGGGCAUGGACGUAAUAGCUUACACGGCAUCCCCGCGCACGACCCCGGAGAGCAAAAAGGACACCGGUUACAUUGUCCCCAGAACCGGGGAUCCAGAUGGCGUUAUCCCCUCGGCAUGGUAUAGCGGGCUCGACAAAGCGUCCCUGCACAACUUCCUCUCCCAAGAUAUCGACGUCCUUCUCAUUGCCGUCCCCUUAACAGACGAAACGCGGCAUUUCCUCGGGAAGGAAGAAUUCGAGAUCCUGGGCAAGAAAAACGCAUUCGUCGUGAAUAUAGCAAGAGGUAGUAUCGUAGUCCAAGAUGAGUUGAUUGCGGCCUUGAAGAAGAAAGAGGGCGGGCUGAGGGGCGCGGCGCUGGAUGUCACGGAUCCCGAGCCGUUGAAUAAGGACAGCGAGUUAUGGGAUAUGGAGAACGUGACGGUCACGCCGCAUGUCAGUGGAAUGGGAACGAUGUAUCUGGAACGCAGUUUUGAGAUUCUGGAGAGGAAUCUGACGUUGUUGGAACAGGGGAAGAAACUCAUUAAUGUUGUGGAUCGAAAGAGGGGCUAUUGA